AUGUCGUCCAUUGUCUACAAGACCGCAAAGAAGACGGGUUUGGAGGCUGCUCUGUCCGUGCCCGUUUCCGACAUUACCAUUACAGGCUUUGAAUUGGAUGCUCGUCGGCUCUCCACUGCUGUCCGCCAGCUCUCGGACACAGUAUCAGUGAAGACUCGCUUCAAGGUGAGAACCACCAGCAUCAGCGACGCCAACGCCCUCUCUACCAGGAUUUCUGGAGCUUCUACCGUCAUCAAGGAGGAGACUGACAGUGCCAUGGCUGAAUCUGACUGGAGUGGUGAGUCGGUCUUGACCGCGGCUCCUACGAUCGCGGCUCUCACGACCUUAACCGUGGUCGCCAUCACCACGGAGUCGGUUACAAGUUUCUCCACGAUGGCAAGCACCACCACCUUUGGCGAGCUGGCGGCAACCGCUCCCGCCAGCUCGUCCGCAGACUCGGUUUUAAUGAUCGCUGUCAUCGUAGGCGCGUCGUGA